AUGUCUCUUUCUGGCAAAGUCACCCUCAUCACCGGCGGUGGGAAGAACCUGGGCGCUGCGAUUGCAAGCCUCUUCGCCGCCGAUGGAGCUCACCUUGCCUUGCACUACAACUCCGCUUCGUCCAAGGAUGCAAGUGAGUCGUUUGCAGCCCAGAUAUCGUCAAAGUACACCAACAUCAAGGUGAAGACAUAUCAGGGAGAUCUCACGAAAGUUUCAAAUGUCACGACAUUGUUUGACGCUGUUCAGAAAGACUUUGGCGGUAAGAUCGACAUAGUCAUCAACACCGUCGGCAAGGUGCUGAAGAAACCCCUGGCGGAGAUCUCAGAGAAGGAAUAUGAUGAAAUGUUCGCCGUCAACUCCAAGUCGGCCUUCUUCAUCACCCAGGAAGCCGCCAAACGUGUCACCCAAGGUGGCAAGAUCAUCAACACCGUCACCAGUCUGUUGGCCGCCUACACGCCUCUGUACUCGAGCUACCAGGGAUCAAAAGCUCCCGUGGAAUUCUUCACCAAAGGUCUGAGCAAGGAAUUGAUGCCAAAGAGCAUCAGCGUCAACGCUGUGGCCCCUGGACCCAUGGAUACUCCUUUCUUCUACGGCCAGGAAACGCCCGAAGCAGUCGCAUUCCACAAGUCCAAUGCAAUCGAUGGACGAUUGACUUUUGUGAGCGACAUUGCGCCGAUUUACAAAUUCCUCUGCACCGAGGGUGCUUGGAUCAAUGGCCAAACGCUCUUUGCCAAUGGAGGUUAUACGAGCCGCUAG